GCUGCGUCUCCUGUCAGGUGUUGAAUUCCUGCAGGAGUUUUUGCAGAUUCCCACAUUUUUAAAGGUGCAGAUGAAUGUUGAUCUAAUAAAGUGAGACAACAGCUGCUGUGUUCAUGAGCAGCUGGAUCUGCUGUGGAAAUUCAUUCAGAAACCAAACGCUGGAAGAAGAGCAGAGAUCCUGAGACGUUCAUCACCGAGCAUGAAGUCUGCAUUGUCCUGCAUUGUCCUGCAUUGUUUGGUCGUGCAGACUGGCCGUCUAUUGUCAGUAAUUGUGUUAGCGUGAGGGAGAGGCGUCCCAUGACCAAAUGAACCCGCCGAGAACAGAACCUUUGUGCAGGUCAGCUGAUUGAAGCUUCGGUCUCUACAUCCUAAAAUCAACUUUUAUUCUCCUUAUUUUUCCCCAUUUUUCCGUGAAAUGGAUCCGUUUUUAAAUAAAGUAAAACAAAAACGCUUUAGCUUAGCGGCUAACUGUUUCUCAACCCUAAAGGGGAGUUUUCACUGCCGGGAGGGGCGAGUGGGGCGGUGCCGAUAUGACGGCCCAUAAAAGCCGCCGGCGCCGAGCAGCAUCAGAAUCUGAGCUGGAAGCUGCUGAGACGAGAGCGAGAAGGAAGAUAUAAAGUGGGAGGAGUUUAUUUAAGCGUGCUCCUCCCUGCAGGCAUCAUGGACGUGAGCUCCUCCUCCAGUCCUCAGGUCCCCACUCUGAGUGCAGACGCUCAAUGUGGCGGCUGCCCCCCCUCCACGUGCACGCCGGGCAGCAGCGCUUGGCCCUGCCUGCCGCCAUCCGGAUCCAGCUUUCCGGCGUGGCCGGCGCAGCCGGCGCAGCCCGCCCAGCCGGCCCCCUGCUGGAACGGCCAGCUGAACGCGCCCUGUUGGCCAGCAACGCAGGCCCCUCCCACUUCUGUGACCCCUUCAGUUCCAAAUUCAGCUCCGGUUCAGGCCGUAACACCGGCGCCCUCUGUGGCCCCGCCCCCCACACCAGCUCCAGCUCUAGCCGUACAGCCAUCCUGUCAGCCCUGCUGGCCCGGCGUCCAGUACCAGCCGGCUCCGCCCCCUUCCGGUGUCCAGUACCAAGCGUCCCGUACAACCUGAACCUGGCCAGAGGCGUGUACGACAAAAUGAUGAUGACCAUCCUGGGCUACGUCAAACCCAACGCCAAAAUGUUCACUGUGAACUUCCUGAGGGGCAAUGACAUUGCCUUUCACAUCAAUCCCCGCUUCAAUGAGGGCGGGAAACAGGUGGUGGUCCGUAACCAUAAACUGGGGGAGCGCUGGGGCCAGGAGGAGAGAGACCUGAAGGGGCCCUUCCCGUUCGCCUCCGGGAGCACCUUUGAGAUGAAGGUCCUCUGCACCCCCGAGGCCUUCAGGGUCGCCGUGAACAACAUCCCCAUGUUUGAGUUCCGUCACCGCAUCCGAGAACUCAACCAGAUCGACCGCAUCAACAUCCUGCACGAUGUGGUCCUCACCUACAUCAAUGUGGAAACGCUUCCUUAAGGAAAAACGCCGGAGACGGCGCCGGGAUACGCCGGGAU